GACUUUGUGGCGAGGAACCAGGGUCACUUUCACUUUCAAAGGAUGUGUUUACUGAGGUCUCUGCGAUCCACACAGCUGCCUUAGCCUGGGACACACAGCCGUGGGGCACCACAGAAGAGCAAGUUUCCCUGGGUGAUUUGUCCUUCCUGCCAGGAAGCUGACUCUGGAUUAUUACCCCUGAGUGAUGUCCUGGACCAGGAGGUUUCUAAAGAGAACUUCAAAGGGGCUAGCCUGGAUUCACCUGUGAUCUCUGAGUGCCACUGUGGCUGUCCCUCACCACCUCACCUUCUGUCAAGGCUGGAGCUGAAAGACUGACCUCAUUAGUGUGGGUUCUAGGAAAAAAAGAAAAAAGUGGGAACCACAAAACAGUGGUAAAGGCCGAGGCACUGGGAGACCACUGUCCCUGUGUCCUUACGCCCAUCAUUCCCAUUCCCAGGGCAGACAUGUCUGACAGAACCCAGCAACGCUUAACCUACUUCUUGGAGCAAAUGAGUAAAGAAGAGCUGAGAAAUUUCCAACAUCAGCUGUUAAACCAAACGACUUGGCCAGAGGCCAGUGGCACAAAGGUAGCCUCAGGCCUGGUGGCUCAAUAUGGGAAUCACCAGGCCUGGAACAUGGCCCUCCACAUCUGGAAAAAGAUGGGCAUGAAGCAGCUUAUCAACCAGGCCCAGCAAGAAAAGGACCUGACACUGACCCAUGAUCCCUCAUUCCUCAGUUUCCCGAGCACAUCUCACAUGGAGUCCUCCAGCCAGCUCGCUUCUAUAGGGUUUAGGCCAGACCAUCACUCUUCAUCUGACCCGAUGUCCACGAAGAAAACUUCUGAAAAGAAACGUACCAAGUCCAGGUGCAGAACGAGAGAAACUUCAAUAAGAAUAUGGAAGAACCAGAGAAGAGAGAGCCCUUGCCAUACACGGUCCUGGGAAACUGAAGGUUUCCACCAAAAAUACACACAGCUGCUACUUUUACAAAAAUCUUGCCCCAGAGGCCAGAGGUCCAUGGUGAGAGAAGGAGGGCACCAGGACAUUAAAGACAGAGGACAUCCAAUUGUCAUCCAAGACUUAUUUGGCCCUAGCCCAGGUAGCCAGAAGAAGCCUCAGUUAGUCAUAUUAGAGGGGGCUGCUGGCAUUGGAAAGUCAAUGCUGGCCAGGCAGGUGAGGAAAGCAUGGGGGGAAGGCCAGCUCUACAGGGAUUGCUUCCAGCAUGUCUUCUAUUUCAGCUGCAGAGAGCUGGCCCAGUGCAAGCAGCUGAGUCUAGCUGAGCUCAUAGAAAAAUAUGAGAAUGUCCACAAGGAUCUCAUAGAAGAGAUCCUGUCUCACCCUAAGAAGCUGCUCUUCAUCCUGGAUGGCAUAGAUGAGCCAGCAUGGGUCUUGCAGAAUCCUAAGUUCUCUCGGCACUGGAGCCAGUCACAGCCAGUGCACACACUGCUGGGCAGUUUGCUGGGGAAAUCCUUACUUCCUACGGCUUCCUUGCUGCUCACAGCUCGGACCACAGAACUACACACACUCAUUCCUUCCUUGGAGCAGCCACGGUGGGUGGAAGUCCUGGGCUUCUCUGAGUCUGGACGGAAGGAAUAUUUCUACACAUACUUUGCAGAGGAAAGAGAAGCAAUUACAGCUUUUACCUUGGUUGAAUCAAACCCAGUGCUCUUGACCCUGUGCCUGGUGCCCUGGGUGUCCUGGCUGGUCUGCACCUGCCUGAAGCAGCAGAUGGAUCAGGGAGAGGACCUCUCACUGACCUCACGGACCACCACAGCCCUCUGCCUGAAAUACCUUUCCCAGGCUCUCCCGACUCAGCCCCUGGGACCCCAGCUCAGAGGGCUCUGCUCACUGGCUGCUGAAGGGAUCUGCAGAAAAAAGAGUCUGUUCAGUGAUAAGGACCUCAGGAAACAGAAGGUACCUGGGUCUGUCAUCUCCACUUUCAUGAACACGGGUGUCCUUCAGAAGCAGCCUAAGUCUACCAACUACAGCUUUGCCCACCAGUGUCUCCAGGAGUUCUUUGCAGCCAUGUCCUGUGUCUUGAGUUACGAAGAGGAAAAGGACAACUGUGAAAACUUUAAAACUGUAGAAAAGCUGAUAGAAGUCUAUGGAAGACUUGACCUGGUUGAGGCGCCUGCCAUGCGCUUCCUGUGUGGCCUUUUGAGUGACCAGGCAAUGGAUAAGAUGGAGACCAUCGUCACCUGCUGGCUGCCUCUGGAGAGGAGGUGGGAGCUGCUCAAGAGGGUCCUGGAGGAAGCCCACCUCCAACACUCGUAUUCACUUGGAUUGCUCCACUGUCUGUAUGAGAUUCAGGAUGAGGACCUCCUGACACAGGCAAUGCACAAUUUUCAAGGAACAAGGGUUCAUGUCCAGACAGAUAUGGCACAGCCAGGAUUCCAGGCAGACGUGAAGCAGCUGGUGAUUCAGACAGAUGUGGAGCUUAUGGUGGUCACUUUCUGCAUUAAGUUCUGCCACCAGGUGAAGGCACUUCAGCUGGACAGGGGUGGACAUCAGGGACAAGCGCUGAGGGUCCCCAGGCUGAUUCUGUCUAGGUGGACCCCAAUCACUAAUGCCAGUUGGCAGGUUUUCUUCUCCACUCUUGAGUUCACAGGAAGCCUGGAGGAGCUGGACCUAAGUGGGAAUCCAAUGAGCUACUCUGCAGUGCAGAGUCUCUGUAGGAUGCUGAGACAUGCUAAAUGUCACCUAAAGACAUUGUGGCUGGUCAGCUGUGGCAUCACAGCCAGCAGCUGUGAGGAUCUGGCCUCUAUGCUGAGCACCAACCGCAGCCUGACUGAGCUGGAUCUGCAGCUGAAUGACCUGGGCGACCAAGGGGUGAGACUGCUGUGUGAGGGGCUCAGGAAUCCUGCCUGCAACCUCACAAUCCUGAGGCUGAACUCGAGCUCUCUGAAUGACCAGGUGAUGGCAGAACUUAAGGCUCUGAAGGCAGAGAAUCCCAAGCUGCUCAUCGAGAGCACACGGCAGGAAGCAGAGAGGGAACCGGAACAGCAAGAGUCUUUGAAACGGCUAAGCCCACCCCCCAGUGUUGUUCUCCUUGCUCCAAGCCCACUGCUCCCAGACAGCACCACCAGCUGGAGACCAAGUGUUCAGUGCUACAGACUAUGGGGGACAUCUCACUCAAACUGCCAUAGGAAACCACGUGUGAAGGUCUCUACUCUGGAUCUGAAUAAAGGAGAAACAAGUGCUGAACCAUCCCCACUCAAGCGACAGAGACUACAGUUAGAGGAUGCUCCAAAGAUAGCAAGUCUACCCACGGCACAGCUGAAACUCCCCCACUUGCUUCACUCUUUUCCGGGAAACAAGCUCACAGAGUCUCUUGAGACUGAAGAUGGCUUCUGGGGUAGCACAGGACCUGUGGCUACUGAGGUGGUUGACAGAGAAAGGAACCUGUACCGAGUUCAGUUCCCCAUGGCUGGCUCCUAUCACUGGCCCAGCACUGGUCUUCGCUUUGUGGUGACAAGGGCAGCGACCAUAGAGAUAGAAUUCUGUGCCUGGAGCCAGUUCUUGGGCAAGACUCCCCUGGAGCAGAGUCACAUGGUGGCUGGGCCUCUGUUUGACAUCAAGGCUGAGCAGGGAGCUGUUGACGCUGUGUAUCUGCCUCAUUUUGUGGCUCUCCAAGGAAUUCAGGACACCUCAAAGUUCCAAGUGGCCCACUUUCUGAAGGACGGGGUGGUCUUGGAGACGCCAGCCAAAGUGGAGCCACAUUGCACGGUUCUAAAAGAACCCAGCUUCUCUACCUUAGGAGUGAUGCUGAAAAUCAUCCCUGUCACCCGGCGAUUCCUACCCAUCACCUCCAUCACGUUGCUCUACCAUCAACCUCAUGCUGAGGAGCACAAAUUCCACCUUUACCUCAUCCCCAAUGACUGCACUAUUCGAAAGGCUAUAGAUGAUGAAGAAAUGAAGUUCCAGUUUGUGCGAAUACACAAGCCUCCCCCAAUGGGCUCCCUUUAUGUGGGCUCUCGCUAUACCGUGUCUGGUUCAGGGACUAUGGAAAUUACACCCAAGGAACUGGAGCUGUGCUACCGGAGCUCCACGGAAGCCCAGCUCUUCUCAGAGAUCUAUGUGGGCCGCUUACAAUCAGGGAUCCGGCUGGAAAUAAAAGACAAGAAUGCUGAUGCUGUAGUUUGGGAAACCGUGUUGAAACCAGGGGACCUCAAACCUGCAUCCAACCUGGUCGCUGCAGCCUCUACAGUCGCCAGACCCUUCCGGCACUUUGUGGACCAGCAUCGGGAGCAGCUGGUGGCCCGAGUGACUUCAGUGGACCCUGUCUUAGACAGACUGCACGGUCAAGUGUUGAGUGAAGAGCAGUACGAGAUGAUUCGUGCUGAGGCCACCAAUCCCAACAAGAUGCGGAGGCUGUUCAGCUAUAGUCAGUCCUGGGACCGGGCCAGCAAAAGUCAGUUCUACCAAGCUCUGAAGGAGACCCAUUCUUACCUGAUCUUAGAACUCUGGGAGGUGUGGGCCAGGGCUCUUGGGGAAUGGGUUUCCUGAAAGCUCAGCAGCUGAAGCCUGAGCCUUGAAUCACGUUCCUGCCUGAUCUUUCUUUUGGCCUCAGUCCUACCAUCUGUGAUCCCCCUUGGCUUCGUCUUGGUCUGUAAAGCUUCCAACAGUCUUGCCAGCUGCAGGACGCAUUCUCAGAGAUGUCAUUAUUCCCUCUGGACAGCCUACCUGGGAAAGCCAAGGGGGCCAUCUGGGUGACUGUGAGGCAUCCUUGGCAGUGGACAUACUUUAUGAGUCCACUCACAAUGGCUUACAGUUUAAAACUUAAAAAUUGUUUGUUUCUGGAAUUGUCCAUGUAAUGUUUUCAGGCCACACUCUACUUUGAGCUAAUUAAAAACCCUGCCUUUAAAAAACAAACAAACAAACAAACAAAAAGUACACAACGGGCACUGGGUACAAUAUCUUGAUUUCACUGCUUGGUGGGUGAAGGAGAUCAACAUUCCACAACUAUACGGUUAGGAACUGUAGCACUGUAUACAAAUGUCAGAAGGAUUGUGAACUUUCCAGUGCCCAGCAGACUCAAGCUUAGAGGACAAAGAAGCUGCAGAUAGCAGGCUGCUAAAAGUGGUUAAAACAGUAGCAGCAAACAGAAGCAAAGAGCCCCACCCCACACAGAGAACUACUGAGCAGUAACACUCAGAGUAACUGUAACACUUCUCAGAACUAGAACAACAUUCCACUGCUACUGAGAAUUCAAAGCUCUUUCAUUUGAAUCUCAUUUAAAGCCCUGAUGAAUGAAGUGAGCAGCCUGGACACAGCAAGCAUCUGCAAACAUCACAGCAGAAACCGCUAUAGCCUUUCCUACCCGUAUGCAAGAGAAGGGUGAAGCUCUGGGGUCUUUCCACCACUGGGUUUGAUAGCUCUUCUCUGGUUGGUGCUAUUUCUUCACCUUAUUUGCAUAUUCACAUUUAGCCAGCUAGGCUCUAGCUAGCAUCCUGACAAACAAGUCCCCACAUUUCAGGGCUAUAAAGCCAGAACUAUUGCAAGAACCCAUGGAAAAAGAGGAAAGGAAGACUUUCAAGCCUGGUGCUCCUGCUCUCCAGGAAAAAAACAAAAACGCCCUUUGUACUUCAAAGAGCCUACCCAAACACCUACCUCACUCAUGAAGAGGGCAGACUUGCAGGAGGUGCCUGCACCUGAGGUUUUUCUGUCCUGGGCAAGGAGCUUGCUCAAAGCCAGCUUCUAGGACUCAGUUGCUUUGGCCUCAGCCUCCAGGACUUGGCACUGGCUGGGUGGCAAAGGGGAAUUUAUUCCUGCGACUGUUUCCAGCCUCCAAGAACUGCUGCUUCAGCGAUCUGUGACUCCAACCUUCCAGACCCUCUGGAGACAGGAGAACAGGAGACGGGCGGGAGUUCACGCCCCUCCUGUAGGUACCCACGGACUUGCUCCACAAGGGGCUGCUCUUGGCUGGCAUCCCUGAGCUCUGCAGGCUGCUGAGUUGAAACACUCCCCUUCGCUGGAACACUUCUCAGAACUGUGAGAACACCCCACUGCUACAGAGAGUUCAAACCUGUUUCAUUUUAGUCCCAUGUGGAAGUCUGUUUUAAAUUGUUUUGCUCCCCUUGAACCUUGCCAAUCCCAAUUUGAAAAAUAAAAUACCUAUCAUUUGUACUCAA